AGGCUUCAUCUUGUAUUUGGACACACUCGUCUGCCCCUUCUGUACAGGCUAGCAGAUGGGUAUCUCUUACCCGGAGGUAUGGUAGUGGUCGCACGGAUCAUGGGUAUGGGUUGGGUAGGGUCAGACCAUUUCUGGAUAGAGGUAGGGUGGGGUCGCACAGACCAUGGGUAG